CUAUGCAGUUGACUGCACUUUUUAAAUUCAGUCUCCAAAAUGAACGGGCUGCUUGUCGUGACUAUCUUGCUGAUCAUCGGUCCACUAUACGUUUUUCCUCUUCAAGAUGACGUUAAAGAAGAGUGCAUACAAGAGGUUGGUUUGAACAAAGAAAACUUGCGUAGCAAAGUCAAUUGCUAUUUUAGGUGUAUAUUUGAGAGGCAGAACGUGAUUGUCAAUGGAACGAUCAAUUUAUUUUAUAUUAAGGGCGCAAAACCUUGCGAAGACAUACAGAACGACGACCCAUGUAGACUCGCAUUUCUACUUCAAAGGUGCCUCAAACACAACUUGAGUGAAGAAGAAUUCUCUCUGUUGGCACCAUAUUACCACUACCCGCGUUUUGAUUGAUAUUCAGUUUGAAUAUAUAUUUGGACUUAAAAAGUGUUUUUUUUUUCAAUAAGAACUGUGUAUUCACUUCAUAAAUAAAAUACCAAUAACUUUCUAAUUAACAUUAUUAUAAUGUAUUAAUUCGGUUCGAACACCUAAAAUAUUUCACUGUUUCUCAAAAGCUUGAACGAACAAAUAUUUACAUAUUUCAUAAAAUUAAACGAUAUAAUUAAGUGGUAUACCUAAGUAAUCGUGAAUAUCAAUAAUUGAGGCAACUUAUUCGUUUCAGUCUUUAAAAUAAACAGGUUGUUUGUCAUGAC